AUGAGUUUUCUGAGCAACAAACUCAUAUUACCACCAAUCAUAAUGAACUUUUUGCAUCAAAAUAUAAGAACACAGAGAGCUAAUAUACUCAUGACAAUGAAGCUAGCUUUAGUAACUAUAGUAGUAUGUUUCUUAAGUUCUCACAUUGUAGCAGGACUGCAAGUAGGAUUUUAUCGCGAUAAAUGUCCCUUUGCUGAAGCUAUAAUCAAAGACGAGGUCAAAAAAUCCUUCCUUGAAGACAAAGGAAUUGCUGCUGGCAUUAUCAGGCUGCAAUUUCAUGAUUGCUUUGUCAGGGGUUGUGAUGGAUCGCUUCUGAUAGAUUCAACCCCAGAAAAUCAAGCUGAGAAGGACGGUUCACCCAAUAAAUCAAUACGAGGUCUUGAGGUGAUCGACAAUGCUAAGGCUAGACUCGAAGCUGUGUGUAUGGGUGUCGUGUCCUGUGCUGAUAUUUUAGCAUAUGCUGCUAGGGACUCCAAUGUACUUUCAGGAGGACUGUACUGGGAUGUACCAGCAGGAAGGAGGGAUGGCAGGAUUUCAAGAGCAGCAGAAACUGAAGAUAUCCCCAAACCCUCUUUUAACCUCGAUCAACUCAUCGAAUUUUUUGCAAAGAAGGGUUUGACACAGGGUGAUAUGGUUGCUCUUUCUGGUUCACACACAAUUGGUCGCUCACAUUGUUUCUCGUUCACAGUCAGACUCUACAACUAUAACACCAAAACGAUGCAGGACCCAAACCUAGAUCCACAUUAUGCACAGCUCCUGAAGAUAGAGUGUCCAAGAUUUUUGCAAGGAAUUCUCAACCAAACUUUGGUUGUUGCUAUGAACCAAAGUCCAUUUUUCAUGGACUCAAGCUACUAUGGAAAUCUUUUCAAACAUGCUGGUCUAUUUAAUUCUGAUCAGUCACUCCUGGACAGCCAGACGACUGCUGAACAGGCGACAGUUUAUGCAACGAAUGAUUUAGCUUGGAAGGUGGAUUUUGCUCGAGCUAUGAUCAAGUUGAGCCAGGUUCAAGUCCUGACUGAAAAUCAAGGAGAAAUUCGAGCUAAUUGUAGGGUGAUUAAUCCAUAAAAAAAGAUUAGACUAUUUGGGCUACAUAGCAAAAUUUGCUGGUUUUCCUGCUGUUGCUGUAAUGCUGCAGUCAUUAGUAAUUCUGAAUAAGCCAGAGACUUGGACUAACAAUCUCAAAUUAUAGAUCUUGAAAUGUGUAGCGUUUGUUAACGGCACGUUCCUGUCUUUUGGAAUGGUCAGACUAGAGCUUAAAGUCUUAAAGAUGAAGAGUUUCAGAAUUGUCAAAUAAGACACACUUUCUUGGUAAA